AUGGGCGCCGCCCGGGCGUUGCGCGGGUCGGCGCAGGCCGCGGCCACGUGCGCGCAUAUCUCCUUCCGGGACGCGACCACGGCGCCGCGGUCGAACGGGUGCGCGACCAGCGGGAGCACCUCCUCGGCCAGAGCUCUCUCCACGCUCUCAGGCCCGCGCAGUUUGCGCGAUGGCCGCCUGCGGAGGGCGAUGUCCUCAGCCACUUUCACAGCGAUGCGGGUGCAGCCUGGGCCGACGACGGGGAAGUGCCUCCGGAUGACGAUCCUCGCGUCCACCGCCAGUGCGGGGGCUGCCGUUGUCGUGAACCUGCUUGUUGUCGACCUCCGCGGUUCGACGACGGUGUCGUCGAGUCUGUGGCGAAGAAGUGCUGCCAAGUACCAAGUCACCGUUCACCGACUAUGGGACCAGUUAGUUCAGGAGGCCGACAAGCUGCGGCGCACCAAGGAAUGCAUCCGCGCCGUGCUCGAGGACGCCGAGCAGCGCCGCUUCGUCGACCACGACUCCGUCAGGCUCUGGCUCCGGGAGCUCAGGGCCGCCGCCUUCGACGUCGACGCCCUGCUCGACCGCCUGGGCACCAUCACGGCCGUGUCCAGGCUAGCGGCUGCCGAGCAGUCGCGGAAGCGGAAGCGGCUCUGGCCCAGCGUCGAGCUCGGCCCGCGGCAGCGGUGGGAGCUGGAUGACAAGAUCGCCAAGAUCAACGAACGCCUCGACGAGAUCAACAGGGGCAGGAAAAGGUUCAGGUUGCAAGCUGGGGACGGGAGGAGGACGGAGGCUCAACCGAUGCAGCGCCCACGGUUCCUUGAAUCUGCCGCGCAUCGCGACGAGAGGCCCAUUGGCCGCAACGAAGAGAUGGAGAAGAUUGUCCGUGCUCUGGUUUCUGACAGUGCAGAAAUGGAGAUCUGGGUUUGGUUACCAGAUAGGUGUGAUGUGAGGAAGGCCACCAAAAUGAUCAUUGAAGCUGUGACCAGUCAAAAAUGUGAACUUCUAAGCUUGGACAUAUUGCAGCAACGGCUGCACGCCCACCUACAUAAAAAACACUUCUUGCUGGUGAUUGAUAACCUUUGGGCAGAGGGCUUUCAGUUCUGGGAAUUUCUGAGGCCCUCAUUGACUGGUGGAGCGGGCGGAAGCAAGGUUCUGAUCACUACUCAGCACGAAAGGGUGUCUAGGAUGAGUUCCACCAUUCUAAACAUCCAUUUAGAGCGCUUGGAAGAUGAAGAAUGCUGGCAAAUCCUCAAACUCUAUGCGUUCUUGGGGUGGAGCAGCAGAGAUCUGGAAUCCAUUGGGCGGAGGAUUGCCGCCAACUGUCAAGGCUCCCCGUUGGCUGCUAAAUCUCUUGGGGUGCUAUUGUCCGACACUCAUGGAGACAAAGAACGAUGGGAAAGCAUACUAGGUGGUAUGCAGAUUCUUGAAGAUGACAAAAACACAAACAAUAUAUUACCAAGUUUGCAGAUAAGUUAUCAGCACUUGUCAUAUCAUCUCAAACAAUGUUUUGCCUUCUGUUCAAUACUUCCUCCUGGUGUUGAGUUUGAGAAGGAUGAGCUGGUUAGACUCUGGAUAGCUGACGGUCUUGUUAAGAGUAAUGGAAGGAAAAGGGUUGAGAUGGAAGCUGGAAGAUGCUUUGACGAGCUCCUAUGGAGGUCAUUCUUUGAAACUUCCCACAAUUUCCCUAAUCAAAAGUUUAGAGUGCCAAGUUUGAUGCUUGAGCUAGCACAACUUGUUUCUAAACAUGAAUCUCUGACUCUUAGCCCUGACAGUUCACCGGUACCAUCGGCACUUUUCUCGAAGCUAACCUGUCUGCGUGCACUAGACCUGAGUUACACAGAGCUGGACCUCCUGCCAGAUUCUGUUGGAUUUUGUAUACACCUCAGAUACCUCAAUCUUCGGAAUACUCUGAUAAAGACUCUUCCAGAAACAGUCUGCAACCUAUUCAAUUUGCAGACACUUGACCUCAGGGACUGCUAUUGGCUCAUGGAUUUGCCUGAAGGCAUGAGCCGAUUAGUUAACUUGCGGCACCUUAGUUUACAUAUUGAUUGGGAUAGAGUUACUGCUUUUAGAUCAAUGCCAAGUGGCAUUGACCGGUUACAGUCACUUCAAACUCUUUCCAGAUUUGUUGUGGUCUCCAGGGAUGGAGGCAAGUGCAACAUUAAUGAGUUGAAGAAUUUGAAGAUCCGCGGAGAGCUUUGUAUUCUUAAUUUGGAAGCUGCCACCAAUGAUGGUGUCAUGGAGGCCAAUUUGCGCGGGAAGGAGUACUUGCGCGAAUUGAUGCUGAAAUGGAGUGAGGACACCUGCAAGGACGAGCAGCAGAAGGGCAUAGAGAACAGUGAGACGGUCAUUGAGGCACUCUGUCCACAUACCAGCCUUAAGCAUCUGCGCAUCGAAAAUUACCCUGGAAGACGAUUUCCUUCUUGCUUCGAGAACCUCUCGGCUCUGGAAUCCCUGGAGAUAAUUUCUUGCCCCAGGCUCACUCAAUUUUCCGUGCAGAUGAUGCAGUCUCUCAGGACUUUAAGGAUACGUCAAUGUGCUGAUCUUGCAGUUCUUCCCAGAGGCCUGUGCAACCUAGAAUCCCUUCAUUGUCUGGAAACCGAUGGUGCUCCAAAUCUGAGAAUAAGUGCAGUGGACAUAUUGCCAAGAAACAUCUCACGGCUUCUAGGUUUACUUUGGGAUGGGGGUCUGAAUAUGUCAAACCCUGAACAACAAUUCAAAUCGACAAAUUCACGUGGGAUAUCUGGCUCGAACGAAAUGCAAGGAUCUCCAAGCAAUCAGGCCAAGGCAGAGCAACUUCUUUUUGAACUCGUAAAGAAAACCGGAAGCUUCCCUUUGGGCGGAGCAGCUUAA